UGGCUGCACUUCUCUCUCCUAAAACAAUUUGUUUACAUUUCAAUCGUGUUGCUAAGAAACAACGUAUACAAACAGAACUUAAAACUUACAGUUCCAAAGAAAACUAAGUUUUAACGCAAAUAUGCGUUCAAUUCCGAAAUGGGUUGAUAAAAUCCAAGAUACGGACAAACAAGAACAAUGCAUUUAUGAUUUGUGUUUCAAUCCUGAUGGCUCACAAUUAAUAGUAGCAAGUGGAAAUAGGGUUUUAGUUUACGAUACUUCAGAUGGAACUCUUUUACAACCAUUAAAAGGGCAUAAAGAUACAGUGUAUGCUGUGAGUUACGCUAAAAAUGGACAAAAAUUUGCUAGCGGAAGUGCUGAUAAAACAGUAAUUGUGUGGUCAAAUAAACUUGAAGGAUUAUUAAAGUAUAGUCAUAGUGAUGCUAUACAAUGUUUGGCUUAUAAUCCUUUAUCUCACCAAUUAGCUUCGUGUGCUUUAAGUGAUUUCGCUUUUUGGAGUGUUGAACAAAAAGCUGUACAAAAACAUAAAGUUAAUGCGAGAAUAAAUGCGUGUUCUUGGACUAAUGAUGGACAGUAUUUAGCAUUAGGGUUAGGAAAUGGAACUAUUUCUAUAAGAAAUAAAUUAGGAGAAGAAAAAGGGAAGAUUGAAAGACAAGAAUCUUUACCGAUUUGGGCUUUAUCUUGGAGUACUCUACGCGAUGACGUUGAUACACUUUGUGUAACCGAUUUUAAUAAAACAUUAUCGUUUUAUACUUUAGGCGGGAAAUUAGUUGGGAAAGAAAGAAAUAUAGGUUUUGAUGCUUUAAAAGUUAGUUAUUUCCCUAAAGGAGAAUAUAUUUUAAUUUCUGGAACUAAUAAAUGUUGUAACAUGUAUACAAAAGAUGGAAUUAAAUUGGGAGUCAUUGCUGAUCAACAAGAAUCAUGGGUUUGGUGUACUGCUGUUCAUCCUUCAUCGAAUUUUGUUGCUAUUGGGUGCCAAGAUGGAACUUUAGCUUACUACCAAUUAAAUUUUAACACCGUUCAUGGUUUAUACCGAGAUCGUUACGCUUACAGAGAAAAUAUGACCGACGUAAUUAUUCAACAUCUCUUAACAGAACAAAAAGUUCGUAUUAAAUGUCGCGAUUUAAUUAAAAAAAUCGCAAUUUUUAAGCAUCGAUUAGCUGUACAACUUCCAGAACGUGUUGUUAUUUACGAAUUGUAUUCAAAUGAUAUAAACGACAUGCAUUAUAGAGUAAAAGAAAAAAUUACUCAAAGACUUGAUUGUAAUUUAUUAGUAGUUUGCUCGGAACAUUUAGUUAUAUGCCAAGAAAAAUGUCUACAAAGCAUUAAUUUUUUGGGGGUUAAAGAUAGAGAAUGGGUUUUUGAUAGUCCAAUAAAGUAUAUAAAGAUAAUUGGAGGUCCACCUCGACAAGAAGGGUUAAUAUUAGGCUUAAAAAAUGGACAAGUUUGGCAAGUUCAUUUAGACAAUUCUUUUCCCCUUUUAAAAAUCACCAUACAAUCGCCUGUACGGUGCUUAGAUUUAAGCCAACAUAAAAAGAAACUUGCUGUUGUAGAUGAUAUUGGAACGUUACAAGUUUUUAAUACCAUCAAUAGUGAAUUAUUAUUUCAAGAGCCGCAUAUAAACAGUGUAGCUUGGAACAAUCAAUACGAAGAAAUGCUAGCUUUUACUGGUCAAGAUAAUCUUGCAAUAAAAGUUUUAGAUUUCUCCGCCCAUAAACAAAAACUUCACGGUUUCGUAGUCGGCUUAUCAGGCUCAAAAGUGUUCUGUUUAAACGGCCCGACAAUGAACACAUUCGAAAUGCCACUUGGAGCCCCAAUGUAUCAAUACAUUGACAAGAAAAUGUUUCAAGAUGCUUAUAAAGUGGCUUGUUUAGGCGUUACCGAUGGUGAUUGGGAAGAAUUGGGACAUGCAGCUUUAGAAACUUUAGAUUUCGAAGUUGCUCGAUUAGCUUUUAUAAAACUAAUGGAUUUUAAUUAUUUGGAAUUAAUCAGGGAUUUGCAAGAUCGACAAAAAAAGGGGGAUAAUAACAAAGAGUGCAUGGUUGCUGAUAUUUAUGCUUAUCGAGGAAAAUUUAAAGAGGCUGCUAGAAUGUAUCAAAAAGCUGGAUUUGAACAUAAAGCUUUAACUAUGUAUACUGAUUUAAGAAUGUUUGAUUUAGCACAAGAUUAUUUGGGAUCAGGAGAUAACACAAGUUUAAUCAGACAAAAAGCAGAUUGGGCUAAAAACAUAAACGAACAUAAAGCAGCUGUUGAUAUGUAUCUUUCAAUUGGAGAUACUCAAUCAGCGAUAGAAAUUCUUUCAGAACGUGGUUGGUCAGAACAAUUAAUAGAUUUAGGUCGGAAAAUCGACAAAUCCGAUCGUGCUUCACUCUUAGCUAUAGCAGAACACUUAAAGCAAUUAAGACAUUCAAGCGCUGCCGCAGAACUUUAUAAAAGACUUGGCGAUUCAGCUGCAGUCUUAACAUUACAUGUCGAAGCAAAAGAAUGGGCUCAAGCUUUUAGUUUAAUACAAUCACAACCUCAAUAUAAAGCGCUAGUUUAUGUUCCUUACGCUCAUUGGUUAGCCGAAAACGAUAAAUUCGUCCAAGCUCAAAAAGCUUUUUAUAAAGCUGGACAACCAGAUGAAGCGUUUCGGGUUUUACAGCAAUUAACCGAAAACGCUGUCGUUGAAAACCGAUUCCAAGACGCCGGUUAUUAUUACUGGAUUUUAUCGAGACAAUGUUUGGAGUUGGCCCAAGAAAAUAAUGAGACCCAACAAAACGAAAUGAUAAAGAAAUUCUUAAAAAAUGAGCAUUUAGCGAAUAUUUAUUAUGCGUAUCAUACGGUGUAUCAGUAUUUGGAGGAACCUUUUACGUCUUAUAUGCCGGAAGCUUUGUUUAAUAUAGCUCGAUUUUUGAUGAUUGAAACGAAUGUUGAUCGACCUAAAAAAAUUUCACAAUUUGCUAUUUUAUAUUGUUUGGCGAAACAAGCUCGAAAAUUAGGUGCUAACAAAUUAGCUAAACAACUUUUUGAAAAAAUACAACAUUUAAAAAUCCCGAAAAGAUUCGAAGAACAAGUUGAAGUUGCUACAAUAUCUUCUAGAGCCCGACCAUACAGCGAUCCAGAAGAAUUAUUACCGAUGUGUUAUAGAUGCUCCACUUACAAUCAAUUAUCAACAACUGUAAAUAAAUGUGUUCAUUGUGGGCAGAAAUUUGUACAUUCAUUCGUUAGUUUUGAAACAUUACCAUUAGUUGAAUUCGAAUUAGAAGAUGGUAUAACAGACACUGAAGCAAUACGAUUGAUUGAAACUCCAGAUUCUAAAGAAGAAGUUGAAAAUUGGAAACAAGAAAUUAAUGAAACACAACAAACAUUAAAAUUAGAUGAACCAAGCGUUGAUCCUUUUACAACUCGAUUAAUUAACUUUGAGGAUGAUGAUUCAAAUAAACUUCCGGUAAUUUUAAACCGAGAAGCUCUUUUAUCAUUAGACUCAACAAGUGUCCUUAUAUGCAAGUGGCAACCACCUUUAAAAUAUCAAUAUUUUCGCAAUGUUUUACCAGAUGUCCAAAUAACAAUGUGUUAUUCAUGUUUUAAGGCGUUUCAUGUAGAUGAUUUUGAACUACAAGUUCUACGAAAAGGAUAUUGCCCAUUUUGUAGGGCACAACCAGAUAAUAAUUUAGGAUCAGAUUCUACUGAUGAUAUUUUAGGAUUUUAAAACGUUAAAAUAGAAGUAUUAUGUGAUUGUUAUCCGUCCAGGUUUUUUUAUAAUAAAAAGAAGUUUAUUAACUA